UCAAAGAGCAGCUCAUGCUCAUGCACAGACAGGCCUUAAUUAAGCCAUGACACCAAUAUUGCUCCUCUUCCUCCUUGUGACCAUCUCUCUUGCAUUGCUCAUUAAUCAAAGAGAAAGAAUUAGAAUAAGAAAACUACCACCAAGCCCUCCAAGAAUCCCUAUACUUGGCAACCUACUAUGGCUCACAAAACCCUUCUCCCAACUUGAAACCACUCUUCACCAUCUACGUGCUAAGUAUGGCCCUAUCUUCACACUCUACAUUGGUUCUCGUCCAGUCAUCUUCAUCAUGGACGGAGCUCUCGCAAGCAGAUCUCUUAUACAGUGUGGUGAGGUAUUCGCAGACCGGCCUCCACCACUGUCCACCAGUGCUCUCAACCCCAACCUUCACUCCAUCAACAACACAUCCUAUGGCCAUCUAUGGCGUCUCCUCCGUCGGAACCUCAUCUCGGAGGUCUUCUACCCACUAAAAUCCAAAAAGUUAAGCGGCCACGUCCAACACAUGGCCCUUGAUAUACUGCUCAAGCGUCUCAAGAACGAGGCUGAGGCAAACGGUGGUGUUGUCGUCCCCGUUCACAGCAUCCAACACUGUGUUUCCUUCUUUAUGACCUCCUUGUGCUUCGGCAUGACUCUGGAGGAGAAGGUGGUGGACAAGAUCAAGAACGUGCAGCUGGAGUUGUUGGCUGUUUUAGAGAAUCAUUUUGUUUUCGGUUUGUUGCCCAAGGCUGCAUUACUGCUGUACUGGAGAAGGUUCGGAAAGUUGAAACAGCUCCGGCGAGUUCACGAGGAGCUUCUCAUUCCCAUAAUCAGAGCACGCAAACAAGGAGAGAAGAAUACUCAUGACAUGAUCUCGUACGUGGACUCCCUUCUCAAACUCAAAGUCCCUGCAGACGGUGUAGGGAAUAUGAGAGAGCUAAGUGAAGAGGAUAUUGUGAAUUUUAUCUCUGAAUUCCUAGAUGCUAGCAUAUGGUCAUCUGCUGCAUCUUUGGAAUGGAUAAUGGCAAACAUUGUCAAACACCAAGACAUACAAAAGAAGCUAAGGAAGGAGAUCAGGUCAGUGGUGGGAGACACAAAGAGACGAAUUGAGGAGGAUGAGAUACGAAGGAUGCCAUAUCUAAAAGCAGUCAUUCUUGAAGCUUUGCGGCGUCACUCACCGACGCAUUUCUCAAUUCCCCAUAGUGUGAAAGAGGACGUGAUCAUGGACAAGUACUUGAUACCCAAGGGCACAGUGGUGAACUACUCGGUUACAAGCAUUGGGUUGGAUGGGAGAGUGUGGAAGGAUCCAUUGGAGUUCAGGCCAGAGAGGUUCAUGGCAGGAGGGGAAGGAGAAGGAGUGGACGUGAACUGUGGGAAGAGAGAUAUCAAGAUGAUGCCUUUUGGAGCCGGAAGGAGAAUCUGCCCUGGCUCGGACAUGGCGGUGCUUCUACUUCAGUACUUGGUGGCCAACUUGGUUAAUGAGAUUGAGUUGAAUGCAGUGGAGGGUAUGGAGGUUGAUCUUGCUGCCAAUGGAGAGAUCUUUGCUGCCAUGAAAAACCCACUCCAUGCACGCAUUGUUAAUACGGCAUGAUUAUUAAGUUUUAUCAAUAUAUAUAUAUAUAUAUAUAUAUAUACUUAUGUACGAUAUGAUGCUCCGCUGAUAUUCAGCGUCUAUCAUUUCUAGCUCUGUCCAAACAUGUCUGAAAUUUAGCGUGUUCCUAGUAUCAUUAUUAUUAUUUUCUGUUUAAACUUUAUUUUUAAAAUAUUGCUCUGUUUAU